GAUGCAAUCAAUGAUAACAUUUUGUACGGUUGUGUGCGAUUGUGAUAUUUGUUUGCUUUAAGUAUUCAAUAAGCAUAAAAUGGAGAUUUAUAUCAACGCCAAGCACCAGUUAUUUCUUAACCACACGACUGUUGCAGAAUUAAGAUGUUUUCUACAGAAAGAAUUAGGACUAGAGCCAGAGGAAUAUUAUUUAUUAUCCAACGGAAAGCUAGUAGAUCAAUGCAGUGAUCUCGAAUAUAACAAGGUACAUAUAGUUCCAAGGGUUUUUGGGGGUAAGGGUGGCUUCGGGUCUAUGCUCCGAGCGAUCGGAGCUCAGAUCGAAAAAACAACAAACCGAGAAGCUUGCAGAGAUCUCAGUGGAAGGCGCUUGAGGGACAUAAAUGAAGAACAACGGUUAAAGAAUUGGAUUAAUCAACAAGCAGAAAGAGAGAAGGAAGCCAAAGAAAGAAAGCAGAAAAAAUUGGAACGAUUAUGCGAGACCCCUAGACACGAAUUUAAGGAUGAGCAGUACGACAAAGAACGAUCGGAGCUCCCCGAGGUAGUUGAAGACGCAGUUAUUCAAGGACUUGAGGCGUCGUGUAGCUCAAAAAGGAAAGCCACAGAGAAGAAACCUGUCGUGAAGAAAAAGAAAGCAAAGUUGUGGUUGGACGACGAGUUGGAAGACGACUUGAGCUCUUCGGAUGCGGAAAGUGACGAAGGCGAAUCGGAGGAAAAUAAAAAUUCCUCGGGCACUCAAAAAACUUCAGAAUCAGAGAACUCCAGUAACUCGGAAUGUACCGGUGAGCUUCAUAAGGGUGCUGAAAAUGCCGUGAGAAUUGACGAUAGUACUGAAGACAAAUCGAACAAUAAAACAAUUGAAAAUCUUGAGAACGACUGUACAAAAGAUACCGAAAAAGAGGACUCGAAUGAAAUAGACGAAAAAAUUAAGGAAGAAGAAUGUGGCACCGACAAUAAGCAACAAAAUGCCGAAGAAACAUAAUUUGUACAAACAAUUUUUUAAGAUUAAAUAAAAAUGCAUUAUUUCUUU